GCCCGAGAAGCCGCUAAGGCAUCACGGCAAUACGACUCGGUGGUAACUCGCAAGGCGCUCGAAGUGAGGUUCCAAGAAAGGAUGGGGGGGAGGAUGCCACAUGAAUGGCAGGUGGAUGUCGCGGAGGCCCUGUUGGUAGGGUUAGACUACACAGUUAUAGCGGGGACAGGGAGCGGCAAAACGAUGCCGUGA